AAAGAAGAUUUGACUUUAACCCCUUUGUCAGCAAUGUUCUCAUCAACAUGUACUACAACUGUGGAGAUUUAGGGGAGGCGAUCAAAGUCUUCCAUCGAAUGUCUCAAAGGAACCAUAUAUCAUGGAACACCAUGAUUGCAGCUUUUGCGCAUCAUGAGGAUGGCCCUAAAGCUUAACAAUUAUAUGAAGAGAUGGUAUCAGAAGGCAUUCAAGCAACUGAUGUUACAUUUCUCUCUUCGCUCCACACAUGUGGCCAUGUUGGCCUUGUUGAAAAAGGCAUGGAGUUUUGAGAUCCAUGUUUGAAGUUCACGGAAUAUAUCCCAGGACAGAGCACUAUGCUUUUGUUGUCGACAUGUCAGGCUGGGCAAGUCUCCUUAAGGAAGCUAAGACUUUUAUUGAAGGAUUGCCUAUGAAGCCUUAUGUUCAUGUUUGGCAAGCCCUACUUGGGGCCUGUAGCCUCCGUGGCAAUUCUGAAAUUGGGAAAUAUGCAGCUGAUCAGUUGCGCUUGGCAACACUAGAGAGCCCAGUGCCAUAUGUUUUAAUGGCCAACAUAUAUUCUUCUGUUGGUGAAUGGAAAGACAGAGCUAGGAUCAUCAAGAGAAUGAAGGAAAUGGGUGUGGUGAAAGAAAUUGAUAUAAGUUGGAUCGAGAUUGAAAAGAAAGUUCAUAGCUUUGUUGUUGGCGACAGAAAGCAUCCACAAGCUGGGGCAAUUUAUGGAGUUUUGCAGGAGCUGUUCGAACUCAUGUUAGAUGAAGGGUAUGUGUCGGAUAACAGGUUUAUUCUCUAUUACAUUGAUCAAGACUAAAACGGACAAUCACCAAAAUCUUCUUUAAUUCAAAUUUGGGAUUCUAUAGGAGCUGUAGACUCAUAGAAGAUGGCAGGUGUAUCAUUUUCUAAGCUUUUCUACGUUGUGUCUAAAACUGAAUCGGCCAUCUCCAAUGCUGAUGUCAAUGAAACUUUUUGAAAAUAAAGUGUACUUCUCUGU